AUGGAUGACAAGAUCGCACAAAUUGAAAAAACUCAAGCUGAAAUGCAAGAGAAUUUAAAGAAAGCGCAAGAGGAUAUGCGCGAACAGAUGAUGAAGGCUCAAGACGACAUGAUGGCAAAGUUGAUUAGUUUGCUACAAGGAAAUAGUAUAAUCCGAGAAGAGACUCCAAUUAUCAGUCAUACUGCCGAAGAACCAUUAUAUCCCCCUGGUUUCACACCACCGCAUUUCCACGCACAACAAACCACAACCAUCCAACCAAAAAAAAUACAAAAAAUGACAGGCUAUGUGGGAAACGAUCAGUUAUUAAUUCAUUGUUUUCAAGAAAGCCUGGCAGGAUCAGCAAUUCGUUGGUACAAUCAGCUAAGUCGGGCUAAUAUUAAAUCCUGGAAGGAUUUGGCUAAGGCUUUUCUAGAGCAAUAUAAGCAUGUAAAAGAUGUGAGGCCAAACCGAAUUCUGUUACAGAGUAUGGAAAAAAGAUCCAACGAGAGCUUCAGGCAGUAUGCCCAAAGGUGGAGAGAUGUGGCUGUGCAAGUUUAUCCACCAUUAGAGGAGGAAGAAACUAAUAUGUUCUUUGUAAAUACUCUGAGGGCCCCUUUCUUUGGACAUCUUAUUGGAAAUUCGUCCAAGAAUUUUGCUGAUAUAGUUAAUGCAGGAGAAAUGAUUGAGAUGGCGAUCAAAAGCGGGAAGCUAGACGGGGGAGAAUCUAGCCGAAAGCCUCCAGCAAGAAGGAAGGAUAAUGAGGUCAGUAAUGUGAAGAAAUAUGAUUCUAAUAACAUUACAGUAUCUCGACCACAAGCCACUGUAUCGUCAGCACUAAAUCCUGUCCAGCAAGGGCGAAAGAACCAAGACAGGAAAGGGAAAGGGUUCAAUUUGACCCUAUCCCCAUGA